UGUUGCCUUGGUAUGGGUGCCUGCUGUUCACCUCUCAGUAGAUAAUUAACAACCCUUAGCUGUGCGCAGCCCUUGCACCCUUACCUCGCUAUCUGAAUGUAUCUGUGUGUGUGCAUCGAUGCGCUUACCCCUAAUUGCAAUGCCAUAAAAAGUGCAAUUCCAGCGAAGGACAACCACCGAAGCAGAAACGAGAGAGAGAACUGGCAUUGUCUUGCCACCAGACGGCAGGAUGUAGGACUCAGUACCGGGACGCAGCACCCAGAACUAUCAGCAGCAGCAACGGAGAGCGAUAUGCCAGGGGGUUGGGGAGGGAUCAAAUUAUGCGAAACUGCAUUUUCACUUUUCGCAUCGCCAAACCCGGCCAUUUGCACCAUAAGGCCAACUGGUGGAGAUGGCCGAGCUGCAGCUGCUCCGGGUUCCUCUUGGUCGUCUGCGUCUUCGCGUGUGUGUGUGUGUGUUUUUAUAACAUUUGUGGAUUACGCCUAUAAAAACUACACUUCACCGCGGAGCCAGCGAAGUGGGCACCAGCUACAACAAAGGGUUGGUAAACUAAUUUAA